UUAUUUUGCAGUGCCAGAGCAGAGGUGAAACUUGGUCGCUCGGAAAGCCUGAAGGGCCGUGAGGAACUGAAGAAAUCCCGCAAAGCUGACAAUGUUCCCCGCUCCCGCAGUGAUGUGGACAUGGAUGCGGCUGCAGAGGCCACCCGAUUACAUCAAUCUGCAUCAUCCUCAGCUUCCAGCCUGUCCACAAGGUCGCUGGAUAACCCAACUCCACCAUACACUCCCAAAUUGACCCGCAGGAGUAUGGAGUCUCCAAACCUGAGCAUUACAGGUGAAUCCUUGCUUGCCAAUCUGCAGGAAGAUGACUUGGGACAUCUCUCAGACCUCGAUGUGGAACCAGAUGCCCAGAACUGGCAGCACACCGUGGGUAGGGAGGUGGCACAGCAUUUGUCUCCAAAAGAACGAGCACGGCAAGAAGUAAUACACGAACUGUUUAUGACAGAAGCUUCUCAUCUACGGGUCCUCCGUGUUCUGGAUCAUAUUUUCUACCAGAGGAUGCGUAAAGAUAAUCUGUUGUCUACAGAUGAACUAUCGCUGGUCUUCCCCAAUCUUCCUGAGCUCAUCGAAAUUCACAAUUCUCUGGCAGAAGUCAUGAAACGAGUGAGGGAAGAAGGACCUGUCGUCAAGGAGAUUGGUGAUCUCAUGUUGUUUCGGUUCGAUGGACCUCCUGGAGAGGAAGUUCGUGAAGAAACAGCCAAGUUUUGUUCUUGCCAAACCAUUGCACUUGACCUCAUCAAAACCAAAAAGAGGAAAGAAGCCCGGUUUAAUCUCUUUAUGCAGGAGGCGGAGAGCAGUCCCCAAUGUCGAAGGCUACAGCUUAAGGAUUUAAUAGUGUCGGAAAUGCAGCGAUUGACCAAAUACCCACUGCUGCUGGAGAACAUCAUCAAACACACAGAUGCCAGCUCACUGGAAUAUGAGAAGCUUUGCCGUUGCCGGGAUCGAUGUCGGGACAUCCUGAAAUACGUGAACGAAUCAGUGAAACAGAGGGAGAAUGGAUAUCGACUGGCGGAGUACCAGAAACGUCUGGACACCACAUCCCUGGAGAGGACCAGUAAUCCACUGGCAGCAGAGUUUAAGAACUUGGACUUGACAUCAAGAAGAAUGAUUCAUGAGGGCUCUCUAACCUGGAGGAUUACAAAAGACAAGACUAUAGACCUCCAUGUUCUCCUCUUGGAAGAUCUCUUGGUUCUACUGCAGAAACAGGAUGAAAAGCUGGUGCUUAAAUGUCACAGUAAAACCACGGUGGUCUCCUCUGAUACCAAGCAGACCUUUAGCCCAGUGAUUAAGUUGAAUUCUGUGCUGGUGCGACCUGUAGCCACAGACAAGAGGGCAUUCUUCAUUAUCUGCACAUCAGAAUUGGGCCCACAGAUCUAUGAGCUUGUAGCCAUGACAUCAUCGGAGAAAAAUAUGUGGAAGGAACUGCUGGAAGAAGCCACAAAAAAUGCGAUGAAAAACCCAUCUUCUUCCAUCAAACGUGGUACUCAUGGGCUGGCCCACACAAGGAUGCCAUCUGUCGGUUCAGUGCUACAGGAUACUGUUGCCAUACGAAGCAAUAGUGAAGAUAUUUCAGCGGAUGACAGUCACAAUGACUUCUUGGUUCACUCUCACAAACCUGACGUUCUCUUGGAGGAACCAGAAGGAAUGGAAGAAGAUGAGGCCCAGACGCCAACACAGGUGCCCUUCCCCUCUAAAGUGGAGGAUGCAGGAGGCGGGGUGGAGGACCAAUCAGAUCUGAAUUACCAGUGGCCUUCAGUGACCGAGGGUUUAGCAGAAUCUGCUCUGGAAGAUGUUCAGCAUCUCAGGGAGCUGAUCCUUCGGAGCCUUUACCCCUUAAGGAAUUCAGAUUAUGAUGUUGCCCCUGUGGCUGAGCCUGAGGAUGAUGUCACACCCACUCCAUCAGUCACCGGUGGGGCUGGACACACGUGGGAAGCAACGGCGGACUCAGCAUUAGAGACUUUGGAUGGAGAUAUUUUGGCUGAUCACCGGGAGGAUCCACCCUCAAGACCUUCUAGUGUUUCAGAAAGUGUUAGGUCUGUGGUGGACCUCACUAACCAGCACAGGAGAACUUCUAAUGAUGGAGAGGAAAGUGUUUGGAACCUGGUGGAGAGUCACCCGCAAAGGACUUCUGCCCUGCCCUCUGAGACAUCUGAAGCUGCUUCUGAGGACCAAACUAACAUGAGCUACAAGGUUGUCAGGAAAGCUGAGGUGGUGGGCAAUAAUGAUGUCAUACCGUUGCCAGACAGCAGCCAAUCAGACAGAGUGUUGCAGGAAGCUGGCGGCAGAACAGUUUUAGAUGGAAAUGUAUUUUAUGUGGUCAUGCCAACUGUUCCGGCAUUCCCUCCACAUGAAGAAGAGCGGCCUAGAGAAACACAGGAAUCUAGGGAAUACAUCCAACCGAUGGGAAGUCCAUCUUUGCCAAAAUCCCAGGAAACUCACAAGAUCCAGGCUUGCUCUUCAGAUGCUAGCAGCCCCCCAGCACGAAGCUCAGAAAGUGAUGUUUUGCACUCUGAUUUGGCUCCAAAUCUGGUUAUUCAAGAUGUUGAUAUGAUCUUCCAAACGAUUAAACAGCUAACGGCCAAAUUACAAAGGUUACAGGAGGUGGAGUCAGCACAUCAGGAGCUCCUAAGGUCUUUGAGGAGAAAACCUCCAGAAGAUAUGUCUCAGGAGCCUGAGCUAAUGGUGGAGGAGGACAAGCAGCCUGAGAUACAUCACGGGUCCAGCGUCAAUAGCAAUUCUCUCUUCUUUGUGAAGAACAGUGUGUCUGUGUCAAUCCAUCGAGACAGCCUUACAGAUCCACGCGACAAUGCUUUAAACUUCCCUAUGGGCCUUUAA